AUGCUCCACCAAGGAGAUCUGGCUCCAAAUGCAGAGAAAUUAGCAUCGUUUCCAUCUCAAUUAAUAUUUUGGUGGCUAAAAGGAUUAUUUGUGAAAAGUUUCAAGCAUGAAUUAAAGGAUGAUGACAUGUGGGAACCACAUCCACGGAAUUUGUGCAGUCAAGUGGUGAAGACAUUUUUGAAUGAAUGGAGUUUGAAAUUAAACGCUAUGAGAUGGAAGCAAAUGUCAUAUGACUCAACGUCUGGAGAUGAAGUGGAAAAAUGUUAUCAGGUACAACAGAGGAAAGAACCAUCACUAACCUUGGUCCUAUUGCGGCUCUAUAUGUUUGACAUUCUUAAAACAUGUCUGCUAAAGUUUAUCUAUGAUAUCCUAUUGUUCGUCAGUCCUCAAGUAAUGAGCUUCUUGAUAGCAUUCAUUGACAGUAAGGAGCCAAGCUGGAAAGGUUACACAAUUGCGGUUUUCCUUUUGGCUAUGAAUAUCAUACAAACUAUAUCUUUACAGCAUGCUUUGUAUAUUUCUACCAAUCUUGGACUCAUCUUAAAACAAGCCGUGACAUCCACAAUUUUCCGCAAGGCCCUUACCCUCAAAUGCAGCUCAUUAAAGGCAACAUCUGUUGGAGAGACUGUUAACUUGAUGUCAGUGGACUGCCAACGUUUCCAGGACACUUUCCCUUUUUUCUAUUUAUUGAUUUCUGCCCCUUUCCAGAUGAUAUUAAGUCUCUAUUUCCUCUACCAGCAACUUGGUGCAGCCAUAUUUUCUUCUCUGGUUGUUCUGUUUUGCUUCAUACCAAUCAGCACCAUAAUUUUAAAGAAGAUGAAUCAUUACUUGGAAAAGGUGAUGGUAAUCAAGGACAAACGGAUUAUAUUCAUGAAUGAAGUGCUAAAUGGAAUGAAGGUCCUUAAACUGUAUGCUUGGGAACCAAGUUUUGAACAGAAGGUUAAUGAGAUUCGAAAAGAAGAGAUAAAGUUUUUACGGAGAGUUGCUUAUUUGAAAAUAUGUUCAGAAGUCUGCUGGAAACUUGCUCCAUUCCUGAUAAUAUUUGCCACUUUUACUACAUAUGUAUUAUCAUCAGAAGAUCAUAAACUAGAUCCACAGAAAACCUUUGUAUCACUGGCCCUGUUCAACCUCCUAAAGGCACCUAUAAACUACUUUUCAAUGCUGCUUAGUUUUUUCGCUCAGCUGAUAGUCUCAAUUAAAAGAGUACAAAAAUAUUUGUGCACAGAUGACUUGAUACCAAUGAAUGUCUCAAAUAAAACAAAAACAGAUGCUGCAGUUGCUAUUAGAGAUGGAAGGUUUUCGUGGGAUGUCUCAGAUGCCAAUAGUUUUCAAUUAAAAGAUAUCAACAUCACAAUACCGAAGGGUCAACUAGUGAGCAUUGUGGGUUCUGUUGGCACUGGUAAAAGUUCUUUGGCUUCUGCCAUUCUUGGAGAAAUGGAUAAACUGAAUGGAACCAUCGAUAUUGAAGGUAGUAUUGCCUAUGUUCCACAAAGGGCCUGGAUACAGAAUAACACCUUGAAAAACAAUAUACUUUUCAACCAAGAAUACAAUAAACCCAGUUUCUACAGUGUGAUAACAGCAUGUGCCUUGCAUUCAGACAUUGAUACAUUACCUAGUGGAGUUGAAACGGAAAUUGGAGAAAAGGGUGUGAAUCUGAGUGGAGGUCAACAGCAGCGUGUCUCCCUGGCACGAGCUGUCUACAAUGAUGCUGACAUCUACAUCCUUGAUGACCCUCUAAGUGCUGUUGACUCCCAUGUUGGGAAACACAUCUUCAACAAAGUCAUUGGACCUAAUGGAUUGCUUAAGAAUAAGACUCGUAUUCUAGUGACUCAUGCCAUCCAGUGGCUGCCCCAGGUUGACUGCAUAUUGGUGAUGGAUGAAGAAGGCAGGAUAUCAGAACAAGGCACUUAUGAGGAACUUGUGGAACAUGAGGGGGCUUUUGCUGAGUUUCUUGAACGACACCUGAACAAGAAUGAAGAUGCUGAAGAGGAAGGUUAUGAUGGGACUGAAAUGAAAAAGAAGAUACGGGAGAGAGUUGGUUCCACAUGCUCCCUAACAGAAGACAAUCAAAAACUUGAGAAGAUUGCAAAGAGAUCAAGUGCCUUUCAAGAGACUCUUUCAAAGAAUAAUUCUGUUAUAGAAGCCUCAGCAUCACCAACAUCUCUAGACCUUCCUUUCAGAAAAUCAAGAAGUGAAAGUAUAAAAAAUCAAUUAUUAGGGAAAAUAAUUGAAACUGAAUCAAUUGAGACUGGAGAGAUCAAAGCGAAUGUCUACAUGAAAUACCUGAAAGCAGUCCGUUAUUUACCAUCCUUUUUCAUCCUAUUGAUGUACCUAUCCUACCAAGCACUGGAGAUCUUCUUUAAUAUAUGGUUAAGUUGGUGGUCAGAAGAUAGAUUUGGUAACAAAACUUCCUCUGUAAAUAACAUCAAUGGCAGCAGCAGGCAGCAUGAUAAUUUUGAUCUUUACAUUGGAGUUACUGGUGGCCUUGGACUGGGUGAAGGUUUGUGCAUUUUCCUUUGCACCUCGCUGCUAAUGUUGUCCUUACUGAAUGCUGCUAAUUCACUGCACAAGGAUCUGCUACACAACAUUCUCCACUGUUCCAUGACAUUUUUCGACAAAACACCAAUCGGCCGCAUCCUAAACAGAUUCUCAAAAGACAUCGACACUGCCGACACAGUGUUACCAAACACUAUGUCACACUUCAUCGACUUUUUCUUCAUCAUUUUCAACAGUUUCCUGCUCAUCACUUAUACAACACCAAUAUUCACCAUCUAUUUUGUACUCAUUGUCAUAGUUUUCUAUUCAGUGCAGAGAGUCUUCUUACCAAUUACAAGACAACUACAUCGUCUUGAAUCAGUGACACGUUCCCCAAUUUACAGUCUGUUUGGAGAGACCCUGAUGGGAGCUGUCAGUGUUCGAGCCUACAAGAAAGAGCAGGAACUCAUAGACAAACUGGAGAAACACUUGGACAGCAACUUCACCUACAGUUAUGCCUAUGUAGCUUCUUCCAGAGGAUUGGGGAUUUGCCUUGAUUUCAUCAGUCAUUUCACUGUGUUUAUUUCCAUUGUGCUGGGAAUUGCCAACCGGGACAACAUGACAGGUGCUUCUUUUGGUCUAUCCAUGAGCAGUGCUUUAAAGUUGUCUGUAUUUCUGGCUUGGUUUGUGAAAGUUCUCUCCGAGAUGGAAACUCACAUCGUCUCAGUCGAGAGAAUUGAUGAAUAUACCAAAACAGAAAAUGAAGCAGCGUGGGUCACAGACCAUCGUCCUGACCCUUCCUGGCCACAAGAAGGUAACAUAGACUUUGAGAACUUUGAUUUACGCUAUCGGCCAGGGUUGGAGCUUGUCUUGAAGGGCAUCACAUGUCACAUUAAAGGAGGAGAGAAGAUUGGAAUUGUUGGCCGUACAGGGGCUGGAAAAUCUUCUCUCACCGUGUCUUUGUUCCGAUUGAUAGAGGGAGCUGGAGGAACAAUAGUCAUUGAUAAUGAACCUAUAGACAAACUUGGCCUCCAUGACCUACGAUCUCGAAUUACCAUCCUACCUCAGGACCCAGUUUUGUUCUCGGGAAGUAUUCGAAUGAACCUCGAUCCCCUUAACAAAUACACAGACGAUCAGAUCUGGCAGGCACUGCAUGUGGCUCACUUGAAACCCUUUGUUCUUGCUUUACCUUCACAGCUUGAAUACAGGUGUGUUGAAGGUGGACAAAAUCUCAGUGUUGGUCAACGCCAGUUAAUGUGCCUGGCUAGAAGUGUCCUGAAGAAGACCAGAAUCCUUGUCCUUGAUGAAGCAACUGCAGCUGUAGAUAUGGAUACAGAUGACUUAAUACAGAAAACCAUCAGGAAUGAAUUUAAGAACACCACCAUACUGGCAAUUGCUCACAGACUCAAUACUAUUUUAGAUUACGACAAGGUCAUGGUUCUUGAUGCUGGUAAAUUAGUAGAGUUUGGAAAACCUGAAGCACUCUUAAAGGAUCCUGACUCACUGUUCUAUGGAAUGGUGAAGGAUGCUGGAUUGCAGGCUUGAUUAAACAAAUGUUUUAAAGCCUCUGAUUGAAACAUCUUUAAUCAUCAAUCACACCUGAACCAGCAAACCUAUAAUUAUUAUUCCAUCCAUGACAUCCCUGUCAUUUUAGGGGUAUCUAUGGCUAUAUUAUGCACUGUGUCCUUCUAUUAGUUUUAAAAAUAGUAAAACUGAAGACAAUUAGUGGCAUCAGUCUUACUGGUUUUCAUUGCUUUGCAAAGCAUUCCUUUACUUGGACUAAAUCAAUAAAAAAAACUUACAAAAA